AGUGUCGAUCCAGACUGAUACCGUUGCGCAAGUAAAAUAUAAUGAAAAUGUAGUUUUUAUUAGAAAUCGCGUCUAAAACAAUGAAUAAAUGAAAGUGUUGACAACAAAGGACGUGUUAUUCAUAUUCACGUGAAAUUUACCAGACCGAAAAUGUCCAGCUAAUACGAGGAUUUCGCGCACGAAAAGAAAAAACUUCACGCGGGGCAACGAUGUCGGACAGCGAGGACGAAUCGACAGGCGCAUCCGAUUGGCACGUGACCGAGGAAUGGCUGCAGGAGGUGCUCAGGGAGCACCACAAGGAGCUCAAACAGCCCGCCGAAGUGACCGUGUUGGAUUUUUCGGUGCGACCGGGUUGCGAGACGGGAGAGAGCGUCCUCAGCGACAUCUUGGCGGUGGCCGUCAAAUACGGUUUGAGAGAGGAAUCUACAGAAAGCACGCACUGUCUCAGUUUUAUCAUAAAACUGUUGCCACAAGAUCCGUUUAGUCGAUUUUUCGUUACCGAAGCACAAUUUGAUCUCCGAGAAAUUAAAUUUUAUACUCAAGUAGUUCCCGAUUUGGAAUCGUUUAGACAAAAAGUUCCAGAUGCUCUAGAUUUAAGACUUCCAAUCCCAAAAUGUUACUACGCACACUAUAGGGCAGGUGCCACCGAUCCCGAACCGACACCUCCCGAGUCCGUCCUCGUCUUAGAAAACAUCAAACCGUUCGGCUACCGAAGCGCCGACUUUUCCCGAGGUCUUACGAUUCGACAAACGAACGCCGCCGUCGAAGCCAUAGCUCGGGUGCAUUCCCUAUCGCUCUGCCUCAAAAUCAAAGAGGGAAAAGGCAUAUCGGAACGAUACCCAUUUCUCUUUCAGACCACCAGAGCCUCUGAUUCCUAUCAACAGCUCGUCGAACGCGGUUUACCGCAACUGUCGCAGUUUCUCGAGCGACGUUCAGGUCUGGACAGCGUGCUGGCCGCUCUGAACGACCUUCGACCUCACACCAAACCCAUCAUCGAAAACCUUCUGGCACCGCAAGAACCUAUGGCACUCAUCACUCACACCGACUUUUGGUGCAACAACCUGAUGUUCAAAGAGGACGACUCGGAAUGCGCAUGCGCUAUUCUAGACUGGCAAAUGGUCACCUACAGUCGUCCUACCAACGAUCUGGCCCUGCUGAUCAACAGCAGCGUCUCAGCGGAACUGCGCAGGUCCCACACGGACGCCAUAUUGGACAACUACUGGCAAUGUCUAGUCGCUACCUGUCGCAAAAUGGCGGUGGACGUGGAAACAGAACUCGGGUAUGAUAGAAAGAAGCUGUCAGAGGACUUCAGAAGGUCCCAGCUGUUAGCUUUGUUGCUGUGCAUAGGCUCUGUGGAUUUAGCCAUUGGUAAUGCUCAAAUGGAGGAAAGACUUUUAGAAUUGCUGCAAGAUUUGCAUGCUGACGGUUUGCUGAAUGCUGAUGUGGGUGAUAUUGAAGCUCAAAUUUGAAGAAGAAAGGGAUGUGAAAAUAUCUGAAGAUGAUCUCAGAAGAGAAACGAACCUAACCUUAUUUUAUUGCUUCCAGUGAUUUUACACUACAUGUAGAAUUCGACUAAUCAAAAAAAUAUACUCUGCACAGGAUAUCAUAUGAUUAGGUAUUUAUGUGACAUUAAGUGGCUGUUUCCUGUCGAAUAAGGAAGAAUCUUGUACCAUUAGACUUACAGAACGAAAGGUAACAUCGAAGCUUUAUUGAUUUGUAAGUCGAAUUAACAUUGAUUGAAGACAUAGACAACAAAAUUCCAAAGAUUUCUUCGAAUAUUUUCCGCCAUGUUCAAAUUGCUCAUUAUUUAUUUGUUGAGAAAAUAUAGAUAGGCAUGAUUGAAUAUGAGUAGAUUCUUCUGAAUUGUUUUAACCGUCCAAAUUUUGUUGGUUCCAAAGUGUUUCAAACAAAAUAUUAUAAACAGUGCAAUGCAUAACAAAGCUUCAUGUUUUUUGGUUAAAAGUUGAUUUACAAAAAUUUUUAAAAUUACGCUGUAUUACCUAUCUAGCAUAAAAAUGUUUCUGUUGCAUGCUGAGUUAUAUUUAGUUGCGACUAUAUAUUAUGAAUAAAACUUUU